UUGGACGCUCCAUGUGUCCGUAAUUUUCGAUCCACCCACGGGAGCAGGCAGAGAAACAACAACAUUAAAGACCCUGGCCAAAUCAACAAUAACAACUCUCGGCUGUAAAAACUACUUUGUGACAUUCGCUAAAGCUUCUGUUCUGGCCAAAAAGAUCCUCGCAAAAAGUGCUGAAAAGUGAAGAAAACCAAAAAGCAAAAAACAAAAUUCUUAAUUGUCUGGAGGAAGAUCCGAAGUGCCACCGAAAUGGGGCAGAGCAGCAAGUCCGGAGCUGGCGGAGGUGGAGGCGGAGGAGUGGUCUGUCCCUCGACGGCGAUCAGUGGCUGUGCCUCCGGAACGGCUCUAAUCCAACUGGAUGCAUCUGGCCAAGGCGCCGGUGGAGCAGGUGAAUCGGAACAUGAACGUGGCACUUGGACGGGUCGAUUCGAUUUCCUGCUGUCACUAUUGGGUUAUUCAGUGGGCCUGGGAAAUGUGUGGCGUUUUCCCUACCUGUGCUACAAUAAUGGAGGAGGAGCCUUCCUGAUCCCCUUCACCAUAAUGCUGGUGAUUGCCGGACUUCCGCUGAUGUUUAUGGAACUUUCAUUUGGCCAGUACGCUGCCUUGGGGCCUGUGGCAGUGUAUCGCAGAUUUUGCCCGCUCUUCCGAGGACUGGGAACCGGCAUGAUCCUUGUAUCCGCCAUAGUGAUGCUCUACUACAACCUGAUCAUUGCCUGGACCAUCUUCUACAUGUUCGCCUCGUUUGCCCCGGUGCUUCCUUGGCAGAAUUGCGAACCAGCUUGGAGCACGAAGUAUUGCUUCUCCUACGCCCAGGCGGAUCAGUGCGAGGCCACCAACGGCACCUACUAUCUGCGCACCUGCCACAAUGCCACCUCCGCGGCGGAGAACAAUAUCACGGCUCUGGCCCUAGUUGCCCUGAAGCGACCACCAGCUGAGGAGUACUUCAACAACUUUGUGCUGGGACUGUCCAAGGGCAUCGAGGAGACUGGCAGCAUUAAGCUGUCACUGGCCGCCUGCCUCUUCCUGGCCUGGGCGAUUGUGUUCCUCUGCCUGUGCAAGGGGGUUCAGUCCUCCGGCAAGGUGGUCUACUUCACGGCCCUGUUUCCCUACGUUGUCCUGGUAAUACUCUUUGUCCGGGGUGUCACCCUGCCGGGUGCCAGCACGGGCAUUAUCUUCUACCUAACGCCCGACUGGAAGCAGCUGGCCAAUGCCCAGGUUUGGGGCGACGCUGCGGUUCAGAUAUUCUUCGCAUUGAGCCCGGCUUGGGGAGGUUUAAUCACACUCUCAUCCUACAACAAAUUCUCCAACAAUUGCUACAAGGACUCACUGAUCGUGGCCUUCUGCAAUAUAGCCACCUCGUUCUUUGCCGGCCUGGUGAUCUUCUCCAUCAUUGGCUUCCUGGCUCACGAGCUAAACGUGGAUGUGGAGAAGGUUGUGGACCAGGGUGCUGGACUGGCCUUCAUCGUCUAUCCAGAGGUGGUAACCCGAUUGCCAAUCUCGCCCGUGUGGGCGGUGUUGUUCUUCGUGAUGCUCUUGACCCUGGGACUGGACUCACAGUUUGCUCUGAUGGAGACCGUGACCACUGCCAUUUUGGAUAGGUUCCCCAACCUGAGGCAGUACAAGAUCUGGGUGGUCCUGUCGGUGGCCAUUUUCGGUUACAUCGGUGGCCUGGGCUUCACCACAAAUAGCGGAAUGUACUGGCUGCAACUGAUGGACAAAUAUGCAGCCAACUGGUCGGUUCUUCUUAUUGCCAUCUCUGAAUGCAUUCUGAUCGCCUGGAUCUAUGGAUCCCAGAGGUUCCUUAACGACAUUCAGGGCAUGAUUGGCAAGCGAUCCUGGUUCUGGAACUUUUUCUGGGGCAUAAUGUGGCGUUAUAUCACCCCAGCUACCCUCUUGUUUAUUCUGUUCUUCAACUGGGUGGAGUACAAGCCGGCAAAGUAUGGUCACUAUGUGUACCCCAUGUGGGCGGAUGCCGUGGGCUGGAUCGUAGGGCUACUGCCCGUGCUGGUCAUUUUCUUGGUGGCCUUCCAGGAGAUCUGGCGAGCACCCAAGAAUCUCAAUUUCCGGGAGCGCAUCAAGCACCUGCUGCAGCCCACCGCCGAGUGGGGGCCAGCGGGAAGACCCUGUGUCAAUCUACACGCCGAGCGUUACCAGAGCCAGAACUACGACGGGGUGACCAACACCCAGAUCCUCAUCGAAGACGAUGCCUCGCCGAAGCUAAAGGCGAACAAGAAGGAAAAGCAACUGACUCUCGAUGUGGACGUGGAUGUUGAGUGCCUGCCACUGGCAACUGUGGGCAAGCGACCAGGUCCAGCUAAAACCAUAGGAAAGCAAAGCAGCAGCAGCAACCUCCAGACAACUGCCAAGAAUGGCACUCACAAGUCGCCAACCGAAAUCAGUCCCAGCAAGCAGCCACUUAUUUCGGCUGAAAAGGAAAAUAAGUCAGCUACCACAAAGGUCCUGGCUGCAGGAACACAGAGCAGUGGACGUGAGUGUACCUCAAUGUCCACAUUUGCUGGUGGCGGGGAGAAGAAUCCAACGAAAGUCAAUUCAGCGACCGCGGCAACAACUAUUGCAGCUACGCUGGCAAACAGCAACAGCACCACGACGACAGCACCACUUGCUGCUGCUGCUGGUGCCAUUAAAUCAUCUCCACCAGCCUGUGUUACGCCCACAACUUUAGUCAGUGUUGCUACAGGAGCUACAGUUGCUGCUGGGGCGAAUGGCAAAACUUCAGUUGCCGCUGGCAAAGCUCCACUCAAAACGACAAUAUCAACUGGUGCUACUACUAUUGUUGCCGUUAAACCAUCGUCACUAGCCAGUGGUGCACCCACAACAGCAACAGUUGCUGCUGGAAAAUCACCAGCUGCACUUUCCCUAAAUGUUGCUACUGCAGCUAAUGUCUCGAAAAUGGACAACACUGCACCUCUUAAAACGACAAUAUCAACAAGUGUCGCAGCUACUUCGGGAGCCAUCAAAGCAUCAACACCAUCAAGUGUUGUAGCUAAAGCUUCGGUCAGCGUCUUGCCAGGAGCAGCACUUGCAGCUGGGACAUCAAAUGCUGCCAAUAAGACGGCUCCACCCAAAACGACAAUAUCAUCCGCUCCUGGUGUUGCAGCUGUUGUUACAACCAAAGACACGACACCAGCCAGUAUUGCGCCAGUAAAAAUAACACAAGCUGUAAAAACUACACCAGUUGCUGCUCCAUCGGCAAUUGUUGCUGCUGCGCUGCCAGGGAAGACCGCUGCCUCGGUGUCGAAAGCCAAUAUUGACUCUGGCACCAAGCCAACGGCUUCUUCAUCCACUUCUAAGUCGGAUGCCAAGCUAGUAACAGACACUGUGACCACAGCGGCAACAGUUAGUAUUAGUGUGACAAACGGAAAAGUAAUUCCGAGUGCAAGUGACUCGGCAGCAGCCAUUAAUAUCACAGCAAUUACACAGCCAGCAGUUAUCCAAAAAACGACAACAGCAGCAACAUCAAAGGCUACGACUGCAACGGCAAUAUCUCCAAAAACUGCCUCGAACACAAAGCCUCUAGCUACUUUAACAGCAAGUGCAAAGGUGGCAACAUCGGGUGAUAUGCCCAGCAGCAGGACAACGGAUAACUCUUCGGCAGUAAAGGCAGCGGCCAGCAGCAACAUCUCGGCAAAAUCUGCCAAAGCUGGCAAAACAAAACCAAACGAAACCAGCCCUACAAAGUCGACAGUGAAACCCAUAAGACCGGGCUCAACCAGCCCAACGAAAGCUCCAGCAUCUGCAGCUGGUGGGGUUAAGCCAGGAGCAACUGCUGCCAAGUCAGCAGUAACAUCUGCUACGACAUCGGCAACAGGCAGCGGUAAGAAGGCGGCAACAUCGACAGCAGGAACAUCAGGCAGCCAGGCCAAAACGAAAGGCAAUGCAUCCACGGGAGCUAAGAAGUAGGACGUCAUCCUAGAGAAUCCAAGGUAGGAUCUACUUAGGUCAAAGGAAAACGGUUGAACCCGCAGUUCCCAAUAUCGAAAACUAUUUUUAUAAGUAUAUAUAUAAACGUGUAUGUGUAUGUAUCUAACUAGCUAAGCAACCCACUUAAACUGUAAAUGUAAAGAGUUUAACUAGGCUAUUAUGUGAACGGACACAAACUAAAGUCAAAUAUUUUAUAGAUAUUUAAUUUGGAUUGGCAGGGCGAGAAGAGAGAAGAUAGAGGAGGAUCAAACCUUCAUGUUUCCUAUGCGAAAGUACCUAUUUAUCAGUCAUCACUGUGGGAUAGCUGUUCCUUAGUACCUAAUUUCAAGUUGAUGAAUCGAUGAGGAAUGCAGGACGAUGGCGGAAAGACUCGAUUGUAAUUACCGAAAAAGUUAACGUAGGAUUUAGGACAGAACUCCAGGUGUUUGUUUAUUGUUUGUUUUGUGUGUAUAUCCCUUUGGGGCCGCAGUAAUUUGGCGCCAAGUAAUUCGAGAGCAAUGUUCAAAGUGCAAUGGAAAACGUUGAGUUUUAAAAAUAUAUAAAUUUAUAUACAAAUAUACAAAGGUUAUAACUAAUCAAUUUAUACAAGUGAGAGAUCAUUUGAUUGGUUUUUUUACUGCAAAUAUUGUUAAGACUACUUUGGUGGGAAGGGGCAUCGGAGAGCGGAGGUAUUUUUCCGUUUUAUAAGUGCGUACAUUUGUUUAUAGAACCGUAUACAUCACCCGGAAAAACAUGAAACCUUAAUCUGUAAAUGUAAAGUGUAUCUAUGUGCUCACUGUACUCUAUGUUUUCUGAGCUAACGAGAGACUCAUGUACCUAAAUGUUAAUCAAGUUGCAUCAAAUCCCUAUUUGUGUGCAUUUGUAUAGUUAAGACAAAUAUUUAGAAAUGUUUUAUGUGCGUGGAGUAGAUUGAAACUAAGGCAAAUAAGGACAAAAAUGCUCACAAGAAAAUCAGAAAAAAAAACAAUAAUAACUAGUACAUUUCUAGAAUUUAUAUAACCAUUGUUGUGUAUUCAUGUUGAAAGUAAAUUAUAUAAAUAUAUAAAAAUAUACAAAAAUAGAAACAACUAGAAUAUUCGUAAAUGUUUAUAUGUGUUUGUACCUGUAGUUAGUUGGGAAAAUUGAAACACCACGUAUUCAGAAACGAUCUAAUCUGAAGGAUUAUUAGUUUUGCUGUUCAGUUUAUUUCGAUUAUCGAUGAAUUAUUGCAAAUUUUAAUUAAAAACCCUUAAAAUGUGUGAUAAAUUAUUUGCUCUGGCUCAAAGUAAUUUUCAAUUUGUGUCAAACAUACUUUAGGCAUAAGUGAAAAACUUGGAAACAGGAAUAUAUAUUAGUAUGCGAAUUGAAAUUGUUGUAAUUUGAGUUUGUUGUUGUUGUUUGUUUAGCGCAGUAGCUGUGACACAAGCCUACAUACAUAUGUACCUAGACCCUAGAAACUUAAAUCAAACGUAUAACAUUAUCUGCACUCAAUUAGUUAAUCUUACUAAGAGUUUGGGUUUAAAAAAUUCAACCAUUUUAGAAAUCUUUAACAAUUUUUAAACGUUUCAAGAUGAUUGACUUUUUGAGUGCAUAAUAAUGAAAUAUAAUGAAAUACGCCAUCGAUGUUGCAUGUUGUUUAGUUGAACUGGAUGUGUACCUGUAAAAUGAAAAUGGCAAAGUAAUCUAAGCAGAAUUAUCAAAUAUAUUAGGUAAGAAAUUAUAUACCGGCUGUUCGAAAAGAUAUAAAUUAAUAACAACACAUGUAAUGCCGCAAUUUUGCUCAAACCUAACUUAAGUCGCAAGUAAAAACACAGAAAUCUAAACUGUCAAUUCAGACAAGAUAUUUAUAAUUUUAAAGUAUGAAAAACUACUCAAUUGGCAUACAAAAUAGUCAAAUAAGAAGAGUUUACUUUAAACAUUGAACAGAGGAGCUUCAAAUUUUAUAUGAAACUUUGGGAUGCCAACGGAAUAGAUCAAAAUGUUUAAAUAAAACUCCAAGGAACUAAUUAAACAAUCGCAAUUCAUAUCCCCUUAAAUCAAUAACUGAAAACCAAAAUAAAGCCCAUCAACCGGAAAACCCACCAGCUACAUGAUCAAUAAAAAAUACUUGUAUUACAAACCAGUCAAAUAUAUUUAAGCAGGAAAUCUAUUAAAUGUGUGCAUUUUAAGCGAAUAAAUAAUUAAGAUUAGAUAACUGAAGUCAGGAUUUAAGAAACCCUUUGGGUCCAACUGGAAAACAUUAAUAGUUUUUCCUGCACUUUCGGUAAACUAAAUUUAACAAAUUUCUGUUAAUUCAAAAUCAAAAGUUAUUCUCAGCGUUAUGUAAUCAGAAAAGUUAUUUUCAGACGGAUUCGAAAGGCAACACAGUAAUUAAUUGGAGUUAUGCAAAUCAAAAGGUCCCAGUCAAUUUCUUCAAACAAUUUUGAAAAGAGAAGCCGGGCUAACUAUACAAAAUAUCUUAUUAAAAUAGAUGUGUAACAUUUUUGCUGUUCUGGUAAUCAAAAAUAUAUGUUAUAUCAAAUUAAAGGUGUAAACAAAUAUUACACAUAUUCCACAGAUGCCAAUAACUAAACGAGUAAUCAUAAAUACUUACGUUAAAAUGUAUAUUUAAGCAGAGAAAAAAAUAUUCAUGAAUAAAUAUUUAUGGGUUUUAACA